AUGGCUGAACGAAUAAUUGGGCUAUCGCCUCCGUCUCCGUUCGCGUUCGAAGGAAAUCUUGCUGAAUCGUGGAAGCAAUGGCAAAAGGCCUUGGACUUUUACCUAACAGCUACGGAAUCGGAUUCAAAAUCUGACAAGGUAAAAACUUCAAUUCUCUUGACGUGUAUAGGCGAAAAAGGGCGCGAAAUUUAUGACACUUUUGAGUUUGAAAAUGCUGGCGACAAAUUGAAACUAAAACCUGUUCUCAAGAAAUUUGAAGAGUAUUGCAAUCCUCGUAGCAACACUACCUUUGAGAGACACAAGUUUUUUACAUACCGCCAGGAAAAAGGACAAACUUUUACUAGCUUUGUGACAGAACUGAAGAAACGCAGUGCAGCGUGUGAAUUCGAUACUUUGAAAGACUCGCUUAUUAAAGACAUGAUCAUUUGUGGUAUCUCUGACAAUGCCCUUCGUGAGAGAAUGCUUCGUGAGCCUAACAUCAAUCUACAAAAAGCAGUCGAGCUUGGUCAAGCCUCCGAGCAAACCAAACUACAUGCUCAGCAACUUACUGAAGACAUGGAAAAGAAAAUCCACAAAGUACACAGGCAAAAGCGAGAGAAGGAAAGGCGAGACAAAAACCGAGAUAGGUUUAAAUCUCAUUCUCCAGAAAGAGAUAAUUUAAUAAAGAACUGCAAAUUUUGUGCAGGUCGACACCAACGUGGAAAAUGCCCGGCGUAUGGUCAAAAGUGCAACAAGUGCCAACGUAGAAAUCACUUUGCCAGGUGCUGUAAACAAACAGUGCAUCAAGUCGAUGACUCUCAAGAUCGUGCCUCCUUUGAAUCCUCUUCAGAAAGUGAUUUUGUUAUCGAAAGCCUCGUUGCAACUGAAUCUGAAGCAGCCUCUGAGGUUCAACAAGCACUUAAAAUUGAUCCUCUCAAUAGCGACACCUCUGCGGGACACUGGUCUGUCACUCUUAAUGCAGGCAGCCAAGACAUUCCCUUCAAAAUCGACACAGGGGCCCAAGUAAACGUGUUACCCAAGAAACUCUACAACAAGUUAAACCCUCGCCCACGAAUCAAACAAACAUCAACCAAGUUGUCCGCCUACAAUGGGUCCUCCAUCCCUGUACAUGGAAAAUGUAUUGUCCCUAUUCAGUAUAAAGGACAAAAACACCACCUUCUCUUUAUCGUCGUAGCUUCACAGACCACACCCAUCCUAGGUUUGGCCACUUCAGAGCGACUCAAUUUAAUCAAGCGGGUCUACAAAAUAACUGAUACUAACAUUGAGGAAGCUUAUAGCUCCAAUAUAUCUGAAGAGUACGCUGACUGUUUUGGAGAGAUUGGCACACUCAAGUCCACCUAUCACAUGACCUUGAAAGAUGAUGUCCGUCCAGUAGUGGUACCUCCUCGAAAAGUACCGUUUGCUCUUAAAGAUCGACUGAAGAAGGAAUUAGACCGCAUGGAGAGCAUGGGUAUAAUUGAAAAAGUCGAAAAAUCCACAGACUGGGUCAACGCCUUAGUUCUUGUCGAAAAACCCAACGGAAAGCUUCGCGUUUGCCUAGACCCGCGUCCAUUAAACCAAGCAAUCAAACGCCAACACUACCGUCUGCCUACUACAGAAGAGAUAAUCUCUCAAAUGAGUGGUGCUCGAUUCUUUAGCAAACUCGACGCAAGCAACGGGUACUGGCAGAUUGCAGUCGACGACUUCACAUCAGAUCUUCUCACGUUUGGCACAGCGUUUGGCCGAUACAAAUUUAAGCGUAUGCCCUAUGGAAUUCACUCGGCUAGUGAGAUAUUCCAACUCGAAAUAUCCAAGAUUAUCGCUGGCUGCGAUGGUGCUGCCAACUCGCAAGACGAUAUAAUCGUGUGGGGUGAAACAAAAGAAAUUCAUGAUCAACGGCUGAAGAAAAUCCUAGACAAAAUUCGAGAUAGCGGAUUGAAGCUAAACCAUGCAAAGUGUAUUUUUGGUGCAACGGAGCUCACCUUUCUGGGUCACAUCAUGUCCGCAGAUGGAGUGAAGCCAGACCCAAGAAAGAUUGAAGCAAUUACCAAAAUGCCCGUUCCAACAAGCCCUGCCGAACUUCAGCGUUUUCUUGGGAUGGUGAACUAUCUUGGUAAAUUCAUCCCAAACCUAUCAGACGAAACUGCACCAUUACGAGCCCUCUUGAAGAAAGGAACCGAGUUCUUAAUGCAGAAACCCCAAAUUGAUGCCUUUGAAAAGCUCAAGCGUCGGAUUUAA